AUGCCCCGCGGGAAGAGAGACCCGGUGCUGCUGUCCCCCGCCGAGGGCGAAGGUCCCCGCACGGCUGGGGACGGCCGGCGCUCCGCGGAGGAGGAGGAGGAGGAGGAGGAAGAAGACGGACACCUCCCGGGGCUGCCCCGCGACGACCUCACCAAGAGCAUGUCGAGCUCCUCCGUGUCCUCCUACCACUCCGCCCUGUGCUCGGACGGCACGGAGACCUUCAAGGACUGCCUGGAGUUCCUGGACGAGGAGGGAUCGCCCGGCCGGGCUGCCCCGGGGCGCUGGGCUCCGGCGGGGGCCCCCGGCGUGGCCCCGCCGCCCGGCCCCCUCGCCCGCCCGCAGCGGGCUCAGCUGUCCAGCGCGGCUAAGAAUAGCCCAGUGGCGGGCCAGGGGGGCAGGAUGGGUCCCCUCGGUGGGGACCGGCAGCCCGUGGCCGCCGCAGGGGAGCCGGCCGUGCCCCGGCAGCCCGGGGCGAUGCUGGCCGGGGUUCCCAGCGACUCGGACGAGGUGGACGGCGAGGUGCAGGCGCUGACGGCCCGGGCUUUCCGCAGCCUUUCGGGGCUCCCCGGAGCUCGCCUCGACAUGUGCAGCUCCCACACCUCCUCCAGCCUCUCCAACUCGCUGUCGGAGGACGGCGGGCGGCCGCGGCGGUGGCCGGCGGGCGCCGGGGAGCCCCGGGGCGCGGCCACGGCUCUGCACGGCAGGGUGGGCUGGCCCUUCCCCGCCGGCGUGGACGGGGAGCUGCUGGGCAAGGAGCAGUUCGAGUGCGUGGACGUGGAGCUGGAGAGCGGCGAGGCCAGGAAGGGACACAGCAAGAAGAGGACGGUGCCCAAGCGGCAGAUCCUGCUGAAGAGGAAGGAGAGGAAGGAGACGGGCUUUGGCCCGCGGGGGGAUGGCCCAGCGCCGCAGCCCCCCGCCAGGAAGGAGCCCCCCGGCAAGGGCAGAGCGGUGGGAGAGGAUUUCAGGCUCAACUACCAGCAGUUCAUGAAGGCGGCGUCCCUGGGCACCGACAGGACCAGGGCGGCCUCGUGCCUGGUGAAGAACGUGCUGGCCAAGAAGAUGCAGUACGAGCAGCGGAUCAAGAUGGAGCAGAAGGGGCUGCGGGGCAGCUCCACCUCCUCGGGGCCGUCCUCCGCCGGCACCGACCUGCUGGGCGAUGGUCUGGAGGGCAAGUCCAGCUCGCUGUCCCGCUCCGACUGCAGCUUCUCGGCCGAGGACCUGCGGGCCGGAGGGAUGCCGGUGGCCACGGCGGCCGCGGCGAACGCCACCACCACCACCAGCCAUCCCACCAAGGGCGUGGUGCUCAGCGAGGCGACGAGGGAGACUGUCUGCAACCUUAGGAAGACGUUCAACGAGCUCAACCAGAGGAUGAAGUACCAGGAGGUGCUGGAGGGCCGCUGGCUGCCCGCGGCGGAGCAGCACACGUCGGAGAGGAUCUGCUACCAGCGAGCCCGUGCUUUGUUCGAAGCCCAGCCUGGGGUGGGGAAGGUGCUGGAUGUCGCCCCCCGGUUUGCGAGGGCGCCGAGGCCGUGGCCCAGCUUGAAGGAACGAGCCAUCGGCCCCUUCCAUUCCCAAAGCCUGCCCUUCAAGGCCGAGAGCCGGGCGCUCCCCUCCGCUCCGCCGCGCCGCCCCUUCGGCUCCUCCCGGGCGCAGGAGGCGAGGACGCUGCCCCAGAGCCAGCCGGAGAAGCCACCAGCAGCGCCCCGCCGGCCGCCCAGCCCCGGCAUCCCCAUUCCCCGGGGGUCCCCGCCGCCCGCGCCCCCCAAGCCAGAAGAGAAGGGGAAGGGGCGAGUCCCGCAGCCCCGGGACGUUCGCAAGCUGGUCAAGAGCAGCUACAGCCUCAAGUUCGGGACUGGCGCGGCACCGGCGAGCAGCGGGGAGCCGCCCCCGGCCGCCCCUCUGGUCAUCCACUGCACCUCGGUGCGCCGGGAGCCAGCGCCGGAGCCGGCGGCCGAGGAGGUGCUGGCGGCCCCCGGCCGAGAGGCGGCCCCGGCGUGUGCCGAGGGGCCCGCAAAGCCCCCGGGCAGCCGGGCCGCGCCCUCCCACAGCUCCCCCAUCAACAUCACGCGGGUCCAGGCCACGCGGAGGGGAGCGCUCCCCAGCGAGGAGCCGCCGGCAUCGCCCCCGCGCCGGGAGCGCAGCGAGCUGCGGGUGCCGCCGAGGGCCGAGCGGGUCCCGCACGUGGAGACCCAUCUGCACGUCCUGGUGGGCCGGCCGGCCCCGGCGGCCGGGGAGAGCCCCCCGGCUGCGAGCAGCGCGGUGCUGCGAGCGGAGAAGACCGUGCUGCUGCCUCCGCCGCCGAGCAGCCCCGCGGAGGGGAAGGAGCUGCGCGGCCGCGGCAGCACCGGAGCGCUCCGUGCUGCGCAGGGCCCGGAGCCGCCGGGGCAGCGGCGCAGCGGCGGGGACAGCCGGGACCCCCGGGACCCCCGGGCCGGAGCUGCGGCCGAGCCCCGGGCCGAGCAGCGGCAGCAGCAGCCCCGCAGCCGGCGGGUGUCGGGGGGCAGCAGCGGGGGCUCAGCCGGUGGCACCGGCCCCGCCGCCCCGCUCCGAGCCGACAGCAGCGAGGGCUCCCCGGGCCGGCUGCCGGAGCACAGGGAGGCCUGGGAGCACUCGCCGCAGUGGCCGGCGGCUACAGAGCCCUACCCGCCCCCUGGCCCGGCAGAGAACUCCAACUACUUGGCGAUCCCCGAGAGAGCCCCCAAAUCCACGCUGAUGCCAAAGCUGCCCUCGGUUCCCAACCCAGCCAGUGCAUCCUUUGGGACUCCCUUUGUCCCCAGCCCGGCCAGCAACUCUUUUGGGGCUCCCUCAGCCCCCAACCCGGCCAGUGCAUCCUUUGGGACCUCCAUGGUCACCAACGUGACCAGCUCAUCCUUUGGCUUCCCAUCAGCCUCCAGUCUGGCCAGCACAUUUGGGACCCCCUUGGUUUCCAGCUCAAACAAGUCUUUUGGGGCCCCUCUGGUCCCCAAUCCAUCCAGCACAUCCUUUGGGAACCCCUUGGCCCCAAAUCCAUCCAGCACAUCUUUUGGGAACCCCUUGGUCCCCAAUCCAUCCAGCACAUCCUUUAGGAACCCCUUGGUCUCCAAUCCAUCCAGCACAUCCUUUGGGAACCCCUUGGUCCCCAAUCCAUCCAGCACAUCCUUUGGGAACCCCUUGGUCCCCAAUCCAUCCAGUGUGUCCUUUGGGAACCCCUUGGUGCCCAAUCCAUCCAGCACAUCCUUUGGGAACCCCUUGGGCCCCAAUCCAACCAGUGUUUCUUUUGGGUCCCCUUUGGUCCCCAAUCCAUCCAGCACAUCCUUUGGGCCUCCAUUAAUCCCAAAUGCAUCCAGUGCAUCUUUUGGGUCCCCCUUAGUCCCCAAUCCAACCAGUGUGUCUUUUGGGUCCCCUUUGGUCCCAAAUGCAUCCAGCACAUCCUUUGGGCCUCCACUGGUCCCAAAUGUAUCCAGUGCAUCUUUUGGGAACCCCUUGGUCCCCAAUCCAUCCAGUAUGUCCUUUGGGAGCCCCUUGAUCCCAAAUGCAUCCAGUGCAUCCUUUGGGUCCCCACUGGUGCCUAAUCCUUCCAGUGCAUCCUUUGGAAACCCCUUGGUCUCCAAUCCAUCUGGCACAUCCUUUGGGUCCCCACUGGUCCCCAAUCCAUCUGGCACAUCUUUUGGGACCCCACUGGUGCCCAAUCCUUCCAGCUCAUCCUUCGGGUCCCCCUUGGUCAGCAACCCAGUCCCCACUUCCCUUGGGUAUCCAUCAGUCUCUAACGUGCCCGGCUCUUUCUUUGGGUCCCCUUUUGUCCCCAGCCCAGCCAGCGCUCUGCUGGGAGCUGGUGCCUAUCCCCUUCCUGCUGGGGAGGUGCCCUGGAGCAAGCCCAGCACUGAGCCCCCCCUGCCCCGGCCCCCCGAGGGCCCGGCCGCUGUGGAGCCCCCAGCCCAGCCCCACCCGGAGGAUGCUCCUCAUUUCCUCAGGAGGACCGACGGGCCCUCGCCGAGUGGGAGGAGCAUAAGUCCCCCCAAGCCCUUCUCCGCCCCGCUGCCCGCCCAGCGGAGGAUGCUCGUGGAUCCCAGCAGCGGCAAGUGUUACUACAUGGAGCCGCCGCGGCAGCCCCAGAUGAAAACACUCUACGACCCCGAGACCGGGCAGUACCUGGAAGUGCUGGUCCCACCGGUGGCAUCACACACCGGCCUCUACCAGGCACCUUUCAACCCCCUGCUCAUGGCCCCGGGGGUCUGUGGCCCACCCUACGCACCCUACAGCGGUUUCCCGGCGCUCCCGGCACCGCCGCCCUCCGCCCCGUCCCCGCCGCGCCCCUCGCUGCCGGCUGCCGACACCCCCGGGACCCCCGGCUCGGCUCCCAAGGGCGAGGGGCCGUCCCCUGCCGGGGGUCCCGACUGCGGCUACCUGGAGAGCCUGUACUACAUCCCCACGGGGAUGCGAGCCAGCCCCGGCCCCGAGCAGCCCCCGGGCCGCGCCAGCCCCGCCGCGCCCGAGGGGUCUCUGCUCCGGAUGUGA